AUGAAAUUUGCACACAUUACUAUACUUUCUCUUCUUCUCCUGGCUGUUUAUACUGCCGCCAAGCGAUUACCAACUCACGAAGUUCUGCCUACACCAGUCCUUAUUCAUCAGGUCAAAGGCAAUCCUAAUAAAUAUAUUGUGGAAAACGUGUGGUAUGGCAACGGAUAUGAGGAUGAUGACAAAGUUACAGCAGUAUUCAAAUGCGAGGCUCCUGUGAAGGUUAACGCUACUGAUCAGGUAAAGUGGUAG